UUCCCACCCCACGUGAUAACCAUAAAAUUGUUCAGACAAGACUGAAUCUGAAAUAAAAAAAAAAUUAUACACCAAUAAUCGAUAUAGCGUGGAUGGUUCAUCUCACCUCUCAAUCUUGUCGUCUUCUCCAAUGACACCUUCCAUGUGAUAAACCUCCAGAUAGGUCACUGUUGUGUUUCAGUUUGGUCACCCUCUUGUGUUUUUCUUUCUCCUGUCGUUGACUACAAUCUUCACACGGUCAACGCUGAGACCAAAGACUCAUUUUCCAGGUAACUUUGGAUCCAAGAUGUCUGGGAACAGUGUUAGCUCUAGGGUUGAGGAUAUCCUCAGUGGUAUCGUCCCUCUGAUGAAACUCAUCUCCUUAACCGUGAUCGGUCUCCUUCUCGCUCACCCUAAAACACAACUAGUCCCGAGAGCCACCUUUCGCCUCUUAAGCAAACUCGUCUUCGCUCUGUUCCUACCUUGCUUGAUCUUCACCGAGCUAGGAGAAAGCAUCACCUUAGACAACAUCCUCCGCUGGUGGUUUAUUCCGGUUAACGUCCUCCUCAGCACAAUCAUAGGCUCCUUUAUAGGAUACAUAGUCGUUCUCAUAUGCCGACCUCCUCCGGAGUUCACCAGAGUCACAAUCGUCAUGACCGCUUUCGGCAACACGGGGAAUCUCUUGCUAGCGAUUGUCAGCUCCGUGUGUCACUCCAAGAACAACCCGUUCGGGUCGGGUUGUCACUCGAGAGGAGUUUCUUAUGUCUCGUUUGCGCAGUGGGUGGCUGUGAUACUUGUGUACACCGUUGUGUAUCACAUGAUGGAGCCGCCUCUGGAGUAUUACGAGGUUGUUGAGGAUGAAGGUGGGGUUGAGAUAGAGGAGAUCGCCGUGGCUAAUUCUAAUGAUGUUAGCAGGCCUCUUUUGGUCGAAGCUGAGUGGCCAGGGAUCGAGGAGAAAGAGACUGAACAUUGCAAGACACCGUUCAUUGCGAGAGUCUUUAAUAGCAUCUCGAGUUACUCGCAGACUUCUUUCCCUGAAGUUGUUGAUCUCAUGGGUGAGACAGGAGGUGAGAGUUCCAGCCCGAGGUCGCUUCAGUGCUUAGCUGAGCCGAGAGUUAUCAGGAGGAUGAGAGUCGUGGCUGAACAGACUCCGGUUAAACACAUACUCCAACCACCAACGAUAGCUUCUUUACUAGCCAUCGUUGUUGGAUCAGUACCUCAGCUGAAGAACAUUGUCUUCGGGUACGAAGCUCCGCUCUCUUUUAUCACAGAUAGUUUGAAUAUUAUGGCGAGUGCGAUGGUUCCUUCUGUGAUGCUUGUUCUCGGUGGUAUGCUCUCCGAGGGACCGAGAGAAUCAACUCUUGGGCUACGUACCACGGUCGGUAUAACCGUUGCGAGACUCCUUGUGCUUCCUCUAGUUGGGAUAGGGAUUGUGAUGUCAGCUGAUAAGCUUGGUCUUAUCUCCCCUGAUCCGAUGUUUAAGUUCGUGCUUCUAUUGCAGUAUUCGACUCCGAGUGCUAUUUUACUUGGGGCUAUAGCGAGUCUGAGGGGUUAUGCGGUUAGAGAGGCCUCUGCGCUUCUGUUUUGGCAGCAUGUCUUUGCGUUGUUGUCUCUUACGUUCUAUAUUAUCGUCUUCUUCAAGCUCACCGUUGAUAAUGUCCAAGGUGUCCCAUAAAUAAAAAGAGGAAAUGGUUUUUUUUUUUA